CGCACGCCCGGUCCGCGCCCGCCACCCGCGAGGAGGGAACAGUGGGGGACACUGCGCGGCGCCCCGGAGGGACCUGUCCCGGCCUCGGGUUCCAGGCGGUCAAGGCCCGAGCGGCGAGCGGCGAUGAUCCCCGAGGAGAGGCCGGACGGCCCGGGCUCCGAAGAGGAGAGCGCGCGCGGGCAAGCCGCCGGCAGCGUUCGCAAGGCCUGUGACCCCCUGGCACAGACACCGCGUGGCCGCCUGCAGAGCCGCAGGGCCCAGGUCCACCAGCAGAUCAACAAGGAGCUGCGGAUGCGGACGGGCGCUGAGAACCUGUACAGAGCCACCAGCAAUGCCUGGGUCAGGGAGACAGUGGCCCUGGAGCUGAGCAACGUCAAUUCCAGCCUGCAGCUGCUGAAGGAGGAGCUGGAGGAACUCAAUGGCAGUGCGGAGGCGGACCAGCCAGAGGGUGAAGGUGUCACUGUCCCUAUGAUCCCCCUGGGGCUGAAGGAGACCAAGGAGCUGGAUUGGUCCACACCCCUGAGGGAGCUGAUCUCUGCGCACUUCGGGGAGGACAGUGCCUCGUAUGAAGCGGAAAUCAGGGAGCUGGAGGACCUGCGGCAGGCCAUUCGGACCCCCAGCCGCAGCGAGGCGGGCCUGGAGCUGCUCAUGGCCUACUACAACCAGCUCUGCCUCCUGGAUGCACGCUUCGUCGCCCCGACCAGGAGCCUGGGGCUGCUCUUCCAGUGGUAUGACUCGCUCACGGGGGUCCCAGCCCAGCAACGGGCACUGGCCUUCGAGAAGGGCAGUGUGCUCUUCAACAUCGGGGCCCUCUACACCCAGAUAGGGGCUCGCCAGGACCGCUCCUGCCCCGAGGGCACCGGGCGCGCCACUGAGGCUUUUCAGAGGGCUGCUGGGGCCUUCAGCCUCCUGAGGGAGAACUUUGCCCGAGCGCCCAGCCCCGACAUGAGCCCGGCCUCGCUCUCCAUGCUGGAACGACUCAUGACUGCCCAGGCCCAAGAGUGCAUCUUUGAGGGCCUCUUGCUGCCAUCCCCCAAGGCCCCCCAGGGUUCCCUGGCUCGGGAGGCUGCACAGGUGGCAGCCGAGUACAGGCUGGCGCACCAGAGCACCGCCCAGCCUUCCAUCCGCGACUACGUGCCCUUCGCCUGGACCACCCUGGUGCGCGUCAAGGCCGAGUUCUUCCGCGCCCUGGCCCACUACCACGCGGCCGCGGCGCUCUGCGACAGCCCCCCGGCCGAGGCGGACUGCCCAGCGACCCCCCAGGCCGUCCUCGGGCUCCCGGCCACGUCUGGGCCCCCAGGUGCCGCACCACCUCAAGAGCAGGAGAGGCGCAGGAUGCUGGGCAAGGCCCACCUGAAGCGCGCCAUCCUGGGCCAGGAGGAGGCCCUGCGGCUGCACGCCCCGGGCCGCGCCCUGCGGAGGGUGGACCUGCUGCAGGCCGCGCUGGCCCAGGCCCUGCGGCGCUCGCUGGCCAGGUACUCGGAGCUCGACCGUGAGGACGACUUCCUGGAGACCGCGGAAGCCCCCGACAUCCCGCCUGAAACACAGCAGAAGCCAGAGAUCAGGGCGCCCAGCUUCUCCAGGGUGAAGGUGACAGAUAUCUUCCACCGGCUGGGGCCCCCGUCCGUGUUUUCAGCCAAGAACCGCUGGCGGCUGGUGGGGCCCGUGCAGGUGGCCCCGGGAGAGGCCGGCUUUGGCCUCACGCUUCGGGGGGACGCGCCUGUCCUCAUCGCCGCCGUCAUUCCUGGGGGCCCGGCCGCGGCGGCUGGCCUGCGGGAGGGUGACUACAUCGUGUCCCUGAACGGGCGGCCGUGCAAGUGGUGGAAGCACGCGGAGGUGGUGGCGCAGCUGAGAGGCGCAGGCGCGGACGGCGUGAGCCUGCAGGCCGUGACGCUGCUGCCGCCCGGCGCGGGGGACCACCGGCCGGCCCUGGGGGUGCUUCUGCGAGGUCAGAAGGAGUGUGGGCAGGGGCCACCAGCUCCCGCACCAGCCAGCCCCAGGCCCCUCCCCGGCUGGAGCUGCAACACCAAGAGGGGCAAGACCAGAGGGAGGCUGUCCCCACACCCCUGAGCCGCGUGCCACCCUCCCCCUCCCCAGGCUGGGAGUGAGGGGCCUGCCCCUCGGCCCCCCGCCCCCAUCCUGAAGGACUUUCAGCCCAGUUUGCUGCCCCACCCGGUGCCCGGAGCUGCCCAUUAAAAAGACCAUGUUAGAUGAGC